AUGGCAGGAAGCUUGCUGCGGGGUCAUUCUGUGAUUGGCUGCUGGUCCUUGCGGAUGAGGAAGCAGCGCCUGGGAGAGGCGGUUAGAUUCUGCCCUAGCCCUCCAGCCUCUAGCCCUCCAGCCUCUAGCCCUCCAGCCUCUAGCCCUCCAGCCUCUAGCCCUCCAGCCUCUAGCCCUCCAGCCUCUAGCCCUCCAGCCUCUAGCCCCCCAGCCUCUAGCCCCCCAGCCUCUAGCCCUCCAGCCUCUAGCCCUCCAGCCUCUAGCCCUCCAGCCUCUAGCCCUCCAGCCUCUAGCCCUCUAGCCUCUAGCCCUCUAGCCUCUAGCCCUCCAGCCUCUAGCCCUCCAGCUUCCAGCCUCUAG